AUGACGAGACAUAUGGUUCAACCUCCUUUUGGCUGUAAACUGACAAUGAGAAAGACUGUCUUUGCUGGUGUUUUUAUCUUUUCCUGUCUCUUAGGUGAUGUCAGAGGUGUGAUUUGUAGGUUAUGCAAUCUCUCCAUCCCCUUCCAUGGAUGUCUUUUAGACUUUGGGACCUGCAGAACAAAGCCCGGUCAGUUCUGUAAAGUGGAAGCGCACACUAAAGGUGGCAUUCAAUGGUAUACAACUAAAGGCUGUACAGAGAGUAUAUCAGAAUGCUUCAAGUUACAAUUAAGGAGGCAGGUACUUUUCUCCACCCACUGCUGCCAUUUUCCUUUAUGUAAUUUCUGA